GCAAUUCAAAACGCCAAACAAACACAUUGCUAUUUGUUGUGUAUUCCAGUCAAACAAACAGUCAAAGAAUCAGCUGCAUUAGAGGCUCAUCAAAACACAUCAUUCAUCUCAUAGACUUGACAUCCGUUGCAUUUAGUGAAAGUUUCAGUUAGAAAAAUGCAACUUGAACUCAGUAUACUUACAUUGAAUGUGUGGGGCAUUCCAUAUGUUUCAAAAGACCGUGAUAUCCGCAUGCAAGCGAUUGGUGACUUUUUCGAUGCGAACAGUCAUUAUGAUGUGAUCUCACUACAAGAAGUAUGGACUGAACGGGAUUAUCAAUCGAUUCGAAAGGCAGCGGAAAGGAAUUUACCAUUUUCACAUUAUUUUUAUAGCGGAGUGUUCGGAUCGGGUUUAUGCAUUUUAUCAAAAUAUCCUAUAGUGUCAACUCUAUUUCAUGCUUGGUCUGUCAAUGGUUAUGUCCAUCGAAUUCACCAUGGCGAUUGGUUCGGUGGGAAGGGAGUCGGCCUAUGUAAAAUAUUGGUUGGUGAACAUCUUGUGAACGUGUAUAUUGCUCAUCUUCAUGCGGAAUAUGACCGUGAAAGUGAUGAUUACAAUGCGCAUCGUGUGGUGCAGGCGUUCGACACCGCUCAAUUCAUUCAAUCAACACGAUGUGACUCAUGCGUACAGGUGCUUGCUGGUGAUUUAAAUACGGAACCCGGCGAUUUGGCGUACCGAAUUUUAAUGGCGGCAUCUGGGUUACGCGAAACAUACAAUGAGACGGAGCAUGGAGACUGUUGCACGAAUGAAUGCGUUGAUAAUUCGUACACACCAACCGCAAUGAAAGAAAAUGCACCGAAAGGGAAGCGAAUCGACUACAUUCUAUAUCGCAAUGGAUACAAUCACCAGGUCAAAGUGCUCGAACACAAGCUACCACUGCCACCCAAGAUACCAGGGCUUGAAAUUAGCUACUCGGAUCAUGAAGCGGUUUCAGCGAAGCUCUUGAUUCAGACCAAAUCAAAGUCGGCCGAAACGAUCAACACAUGUGCAGCUAAAAUCGCCGAAGCUAAUGCAUCGGCCCAUACAGAUACAUUGGGCGAAGGUAUCGAAGUUUUGGAUCAAAUUCUGAAACGACUACGUUCGGAUAAAAACGCUUAUUUCGCAUUGGCUCUGCUGUUGAUUAUUCCGUUGUUCUUUUUAAUUGACGUCUACCCACCGUUCGGUAUGGGCAUGUUAUAUCUAGUAGCGAAAAUGAUAUUCAGUGGCAUCGUCAUCUUCUUCAUUUUCAUGGCAACAAUGUGGAAUUCAAUUGAGAGAAAUGGCAUUCUAUCAACCAAACUCUCAAUGGAAAUGGCUCGAACGGCGAUAGCGCACUACGACAAUCAGCCAUUUCUCAACGAUCAUUCAUGUUAAUAAAUUGAUGAAGAAAAGAACUUUUCCCGACCAGAGUCAUCAUCGUUCAAGUUGAUCAACAUCGACAAUGAUGAGGAAAAGCUCUUUUCAUGACUAGAGUCAUCAUCAAUAGUUCUAAUACAUUUAAGUUGAUUUUCAUAAAGUAUGAAGCGAUAAAGUUCAUGUCAAGUAAUUGACGGCCGUCGAUCAUCACUGUCGUUUCAACAACGCAAACAAAAAAGACAUUGAUUCGAACUUUUAAAGUACAAUCGAUUUUUUAUUCGAGAUUUUUUUAGAAAAAAAUAUUAUUCUCGAUGAAAAAAAGUAUCAUAUGAGUUAUAUACUUAAGUUUAACCUAACGAUACAAAGCAAAGCCGCUUAAAAUAGACAUCAAAUGAAUUUGGCUUUUUCUAGACAAAAAUCCGCAGCCAAAAUCGAAAAAAAAACCAUUUGGCCACUGAUAAAUAUUCAAAUGUGUUGUGUAAAGUAUAUACUUAAUGGAUAAUACAGUCUAAGCUAAACUAGUUAGGAAUUUCUUGGAAAAAGAACAAAUCACAAUGCCUUAAUUGUACGAUUUUAAAGAAAAAACCCUAACAAAAUCAUAAUCGCGUUUCGGAUUUGCUCACGCUUCGGCAAAUGAAGAAUAAAGAAACAAGAAAUCAAACUGAUCCGUUCAAAUAAUAAAUAUAUAUUGUAAUUUAGCAGUUAAGAUUGUCAGUUUACAAAUGUGUCAUGCGAAUGAUCACGAUAUAUCGAAUAAAAAAAAAAUCGACAAAAA